UUGUACACAGCUCAGGAUGAAGCCCCCCAGGAAAGUCUUCAAGACCACCCUUCUGCUUCUUCUGCUCUCUCACUCAUUGGCCUCUGUGCCCUAUGAGAGCCAGCCGGGUGCCAGCUCCUCCCACGGCCAAAACUGUGUAGGGUGUGUGGUGGUGAUAUCAUUGAUUGAGCAACUGGCUGAAGUUCACAACUCUUCAGUUCAAGUGGCAAUGGAGAGGCUCUGCAGCUACCUACCUGAAAAGCUGUUCUUGAAGACCUCCUGCUAUUUCUUGGUUCAAACAUUUGGCUCAGACAUCAUAAAACUACUCGGUGAAGCUAUGAAGGCUGAUGUGGUGUGCUAUGCUCUGGAAUUUUGCAAGCAGGAUGCUGUCCAAUCACAGUGUCAUCUCUACCCACUUCCCCAGGAGGCCUGGAAGUCCUCACUGGAGAAGGCGAGACAAGUCCUCAGGAGGUCCUCUACCAUGAAAUAUUCUAGAAGUGAUCAUAAUAUUUGUUCGCUACCAUUUUUCACCAAGAUCUGCCAGAAAAUUGAAUUAUCUAUGAAGAAAGCUGUGCCAUUCAACGAUGGAGAUUCAGACAAAUACAGUGUUUUCCCAACUCUGCGAGGCUACCACUGGCGAGGGCGAGACUGUAAUGACAAAGACAAGACAGUGUACCCGGGCAGAAGGCCAGAUAACUGGGAUAUCCAUCAGGACUCCAACUGUAAUGGCAUCUGGGGUAUUGAUCCAAAAGAUGGAAUUCCAUAUGAGAAGAAAUUCUGUGAAGGUUCACAGCCCAAGGGAAUCAUUUUGCUGGGAGACUCAGCUGGGGCUCAUUUUCACAUCCCCCCUGAAUGGCUGACAGCUUCACAGAUGUCUGUGAAAUCCUUCUCCAACUUGCCAUCAGCGCUUACUGAUGAGCUCAACUGGCCCCAACUCUCUGGUGUUACUGGAUUUCUGGACUCCACGAGUGGAAUUGAAGAAAAAUCCAUUUACCAUCGUUUGAGAAAAAGAAACCAUUGCAAUCACAGAGACUACCAGAGUAUCUCAAAAAAUGGUGCAUCUUCCAGAAAUCUGAAGAAUUUUAUCGAAAGUUUGUCUAGGAACCAGGCACUGGACCAUCCAGCCAUUGUUAUUUAUGCCAUGAUUGGGAACGAUGUUUGUAAUGGGAGAGCUGACACAAUACCAGGAAUGACCACUCCUGAACAAAUGUACGCCAAUGUCAUGCAGACUCUGAAACAUCUAAAUUCCCACCUGCCCAAUGGCAGCCAUGUUAUUCUAUAUGGCUUACCAGAUGGAACUUUUCUCUGGGAUAGCUUGCACAACCGAUACCACCCUCUAGGCCAGCUAAAUAAAGAUGUGACCUAUGCACAGUUCUUCUCCUUUCUAAGCUGCCUCCAGGUCAGUCCCUGUAAUGGCUGGAUGUCUUCCAACAAGACCCUCCGGGCUCUCACUUCAGAGCGAGCAGAACAACUCUCCAACAUACUGAAAACAAUUGCAACUACCAAGACAUUUGCAAACUUUGAUCUUUUCUACAUGGAUUUUGCCUUCCAUGAAAUAAUAGAGGACUGGCAGAAAAGAGGUGGUCAGCCAUGGCAGCUUAUUGAACCUGUAGACGGAUUCCAUCCCAAUGAGGUGGCUUCACUUCUGCUAGCAAAUCGUGUCUGGAAGAAGAUACAGCUCCAAUGGCCUCAUGUCCUGGGAAAGGAGAAUCCAUUCAAUUCUCAGAUUGAAGAGGUGUUUGGAGACCAAGGAGGACAUUGA